GCGAUCAGCUGAUAGUAUGCCAAGGGGAUACAAGUAACACAAAUACUGCCAUGUUGGAGGCAGCCUGAUGUACAGGGCUGACGAAGUGUCCUGCCUGAAGCACAGCUGUCUGAGGAGCUGACUCGCACAUACACACAAACAUAUUUGCAUUUUGAGGACGUUUCUGGAGAUAUCUGUCACACGUCUAAUUGUGCACAAAGGGAGAUGGACAUUGAUUAUGUUUCCAUUAAGGUGACUGCAGCGGACCCACAAACUGCUCCCGUGGCUUUCACAGAAAAAGAAUGUUUUAUAUGUCGGGAAACUGAGAAGAAAGGCCAGGAGCCGAUACUAAACUUCUGCGAUUGCACAGAUUUAGCUGUACACCACCAGUGUUUGCUGACAUGGAUACAGCAGGGAUCCGGUAAUGAAAAUCGAAAACAAUGUAGUGCAUGCACGGCUAAGUAUCAACUUCAAGAAGGUUCUAUAUGGAAACAACUUCUGUGUCAAUGGAGAAAUCUACUUGUCUAUCUUUUAAUAAUAGCGGCCAUUAUAUUGACGCCCAUCUCUGUCGAAUAUAUGAAAACGCUAACCGAUCCAGCCCCGAACAAUUUAUUUAAAGUUGUAGCAGUGUGUUUUGGCGUUAUAGCUGAGACCCUACUACUCAAGUGUUUUCUUUGCUACUGCAGCGACCAAUACAAUAAAGCCAAGAUUUCAUCUUAUUCCAUCAAGGCCAGAUCUGUGAAGGAACGUGUGAGGGUCAGACACCAUAGUCCAGUCGCUCACAAUUUCUCAAUGCCUGUGAUGAACAGAACGGAGUCAGAAAGACAGACGGCAGUCAUACCAAAAGAUGCCCUAAGCCUUAAACUCUCGCUAUAACUGGAGGAAAGUCAGGACAGAACCCAAAGAAAACCCAGAGGCAGAGGGGAAAACAGAUUGAUUUUCAGUGAGUCAUUUAGCUUCUGGACUGGAUGCAGCUCUCCCCUGCUGGCAGUUUGGCUUCAUAUUAAUAGGACACACACAAGGCUGAGUAGCUUAAAAUAAUUAUAUGUAGAAAUCCCCAAAACUGUUCACCAUCCAAAUAUUUCCUUUUGUGUCGAUAUAGACUGAACAAAUUACAUUUACAUUAUUAAAAAUGAAAUCAUUGGAUUUACCUCAAUUUAAUGUUAAGCAGUAAACUGGACCGCAUUCAAAUCUGCCGUCGCGAAAGGGUCUGUGCUCGCCAUGUACAUUUCGAGUGGGUGUUAGCACAAUAUCCAUUUGUCUGCGCUGAAAUGCAACAUGAUUGUGUUUGUAUACUAAAACACCAGAUAAUAACCUACAGGAUCUCAAACAUGUAUUUACUGUCCAUAUGCUAGAACACAGACGGCAAAAUGUAUGAAAAGAACGUGGAAAAUAUGGGCUGCCCUGACGUAUCAUUAUAUAAACUUAGGCAGUCUAUUGAGUUUUAGAUUCCUUAUUCAAUUUUUUUAUGUGUUUGUAGAAUUGUAACGCCUUUUUAUCUGAUGAUGGCAUUUAUUCCAAAACAGCCAUUAGACUUCAUGCACCAUAUUACAAAUCCAUAUGAGCGCUAAAUCGUACUCCAUGCAAUACAGCACCCAUAGAAGUCUUUGGUGACCUACUGAACGCU